AUGGCAGAAGGAAUCUUGAGGGCCUACGACAACCACGACUUGGACGAAGACGAAAAGUUCGAGGGCUAUCGACAUUCCUUGCUGGAGCUGAAAUGUAACCUUGUGGCUGACUACUGUAGAGCCCAGAGAUUCAACGAGGCGGCAGGAAUAGCGAGAGCCUUGCCAUCCUCGCUUCUUUAUGUCAAAAAAAGAGAGUUUUUCCGCACAUUCGACGCAGUCAUCAACGUUGCUGCCAACUUCGAAUUCUAUCAGCGAUUUGAGGAUUCCGACUCUAUCUAUCGCGCCAUAAUCAAGAUUUGCAUCAAGACGCAUGGGAAAAGGAACGCGUACUGCACCCGGCUUGCCUUAGAGAAGCUUGCCAACAGCUACCAAUCUCGGUGCUUGUGGAAGCAAGAGUCAGAGACGCGCCAAACGCUGGUUGAAGUUCUCAAAUCGGCACCGAGCGCGGCAGACCACGAAGCAUCAACUCAGAUGAUCAACCUAGCCAUCUCAUUGAAGAACGAGCAGCGGUUGGUUGAAGAAAGCGUCGUUCUCGAACAGGUUCUUGAGGGGUAUGAACUCUGUCUCCAACCUGACCCUAUGGACAUUUCCCGUGUCAAGGUCAUGCUGUGCGUGAAUCUUAGGAAACAGAAGCAGCUCGACCGGGCGGAGCAAUACGGGCGUGAGGCUCUUGAGGAGUAUCGAGCUCACCUCGGUCAAGAGCACGAUACAACUGUUAUUGCUCAAUACGCGCUUGCCUCAAUCAUGCUUCUCUCACACCAAGACAAGGCUCAUGAUGCUACUCAGCUCCUACAGCAGAAUUUGGACAUCGUGACUCGCAAGUUCGGCGAAAUCCACCCAGAGACCAGGGCUGCAACUCUGCACUUGGUCAAAGCCUACCUUGGGGCCAAACGCUUUGAAGAGGCCGAAGAGGCAGCACACCAGUGUCUCAAGAUCAGCGGCGAGGUCCCAGAGUCCGGCAAGGCUUUGGAGCAAGCAUACCACUAUCUCGGAUACGCCAAAGAGCUCCAGGAUGAAUUCGACGAAGCGACAAUUCACGUUGGAAACGAAGACUUUGAAGAAGCUGAGACUCUUUUGCUGGAGAUCUUGGCUGCGUCGCCGCAGGUCUAUGGGACAACCCGCCCUGACAUGGCCUGUCGCGUCCACCACUUACUGGGACGGGUUUACGAAAAUACCGAUAAGGCCCAAGAGUCCGUCGAGAACCAUACUUUAGCAGUAGAUCUGGCUCGUGAGGCACUCGGCGAAGAUGCAGAGGAGACUCUGUGGUUUACGGAGAAUCUUGUCAGUGCAAAGGUGGCGACUCAGUCGUUCCGAGAGGCACUACAGCUUGCUGAAAAGCUUCUGGCACAUACCGAGGAAGAACUCGGCGAGUUCCACGAGCUCUCGCUCGCAGUCAAGCAAAGCCUCCUCAUCAUAUACCCCGAACUAGGAAUGUGGCCAGAGUCAGAGCGCCUCCACCGAGAAUUCCUCCAAUCUUUCGAACAAACUGUGGGUGACUCUCCCGACGAAUAUGCCUUUCUCUAUCGAACCUUAUCAAAGGCAUGUACCAAACAAGGCUUCCACUCCGACGCGGAAGCUUUCCUUUCGAAAUUCUGGGAUUGGUAUCAAAAGAGCGAAGCAGACAACGAAGAAGAAACGAUCGAGGUUAUGGCCGAGUUGGCACGAGCCCAUGCAAGAACAGGAAAGUUGGACGUCGCAAAUCAGUUCAUAUCCCGCAUGCAGACCACAAGCGAGACACUCUUUCCUGACGAUGACUAUGACUUUGAAGAUGAGCGGGACAUUGUUUGCGCAUCCGCGCGUGCAGAUGUCAUGUUCCUGGCAGGUCAAUGGGAGGAAGCUGCCAAGUUGAAGCAGAAGUAUGUGGACCUCCAACCCACCGACUUGGAUGGGGUAUUCGCCUUAUUGGACAUGUACGAGACAAUGGGUGAGUAUGCCAAAGCAGCCGAGGCUCUACCUUUAGCCAUUGGCGCUGGCUAUAUCCUCAAGACGCAAUCAAGCCCGGAGGUUCACCAAGUGACGAUCGCCAAGCAAUAG